ACGUCAUCAAUUAAAUUCUUAUGACGACGUCUCGUUCCCCAACGCCUUCCUCGGAAAAGACUGACGAUGAGCGAAUGGAAGAAGAAGAAUGGAGGCGGAGACUGUCGGCAGCAAUCAGACGAGAGGAUGAAGGGUCCCUUGAAGAAGAUGAGGAAGAUGAAGGGUUUAUCUUACAUCCCCUAUGCCGUACUGGACCACUUCAGAUGACUGUCAAGGCAUCAAACUCAACGACAACCCUCACUCCAUCCUCAACAACAACAACAUCACCGUCGAUGCCAUCGUCUCCAUCAGACAGCCCUUCAGAUGACUUUUCAGAUGACACCAACACCUCAGGCGUUUUUCCAUUAACUACAGCCUUGUCGUUCCCUGUUGCGCCACUCUCGCCACGUAACACAACAUCUUCCAUCACAACAGGAUUAGUCAAGAAACGUCGUAGCUCCUCGUCUCCAGAAGACAUUUGCCGCGAAAAAAUUCCACAUAUUCUUCUGAAAACCUCUUCUGGAGUGGUGGUGCCUUUAGCAUCACGUGGCCAGCGUGCUCCUGCCAUAACCCUCCAGAAUCCACCACCAUCGGCAGCUAUCCGAACAGUGCCGCCGCCAAGUUUCUCAACGUUUUCAGUAAGAUCCUUACCAUUCAAAACUCCAAACUGUGGAUCGAAAGAUGAUACGGAUGCUGAAAAUAUGGAAGGGCUAGACGACGACUAUUUGCGCCAGCCAACAACAUCAACAAGUGCACCAGUGAGUCCUAUUGAUCAUCGACAAGUGAGACGUGGUGGCCGAGGAGUGGUUGUAGAGAGCCAGGUUCCCAAUUUCACUGCGGAGAUUUUUUGGCUCAAGACGCAGCUGUCCGAUCAUUGGUCCAUGAAGUGGCUGUUUCAGAACACGGCGUGUCUUGACGACUUUGAUAGGAUAAAAACCCUUGGAACCGGAUCAUUCGGGCGCGUGAUGCUUGUGAAGCAUAAGCAGUCGGGCAACUAUUAUGCCAUGAAAAUUCUAGACAAACAAAAGGUUGUAAAACUCAAGCAAGUGGAGCACACGUUGAACGAAAAGCGCAUUCUCCAGGCUAUCGAUUUUCCGUUUUUGGUGAACAUGACGUUCUCUUUCAAGGACAACUCCAACUUGUACAUGGUGCUCGAAUUCAUCUCGGGAGGUGAGAUGUUCUCACAUUUACGCCGAAUCGGACGUUUCUCCGAGCCCCACUCGCGUUUCUACGCCGCUCAAAUUGUGCUUGCCUUUGAGUACCUUCACUCCUUAGAUCUCAUCUAUCGUGAUCUGAAACCCGAGAACUUGCUUAUCGAUUCCACUGGAUAUCUAAAGAUCACCGAUUUCGGAUUUGCGAAACGUGUCAAAGGACGAACGUGGACAUUGUGCGGCACACCAGAAUACUUGGCACCCGAGAUUAUUUUGUCAAAAGGAUACAAUAAGGCUGUCGAUUGGUGGGCACUUGGUGUGUUGAUCUACGAAAUGGCCGCCGGUUAUCCGCCGUUCUUUGCCGAUCAGCCGAUUCAAAUUUAUGAGAAGAUUGUGUCAGGAAAAGUGAAAUUCCCGUCGCACUUCUCGAAUGAGUUGAAAGACUUGCUGAAGAAUUUGCUCCAAGUUGAUCUUACAAAGCGAUACGGUAACCUGAAAAAUGGAGUUGCCGAUAUCAAAAAUCACAAGUGGUUUGGAAGUACCGACUGGAUUGCCAUCUAUCAGAAGAAGGUGAGUAGUUAUCCUAUUUGAAACCAGGAAUGUAUGUGGUCAGGAGAUGGUGGUAGUCAUAAGUGUAAUAAAAAACUAGGUAAGGUAGUACACAAAUUUCAACAAGGUGUUUAUUUUGAGCUGAGCGAUUUUUCAAGUAUAAUGGGGUUAUUCAAGUAGUGUCGCGACACUACUUGAAAAACCCCAUAACCUUUAGUAAUGAGGUAGGGAUUUAUUUCAAGACUACUACGCAAAAUUUCCCAAAUCACAAUUUUUUCUAGGUUUUUCGAUAAUUUAACUACCACCAUUACUGUCCUUCUCUACAACUUUCCGACUGUUUCUUUUCUUUGCAUGUUUCUUUGUUUGUUUGUUUGUUAUUGUUGAAUGUUGUGCCUUUUUUCGCCCGUGAUCUAUCCCUUUGUUGAAUUUGUUGUUGUUGAAUCCAAAAAUGAUGUGUGCCGUGGCUGAUUGUCGUGUUGUGCUCUAUUUUCAUGGUUCGUUGUAGAUCACACCGCCCUCGUUCUCCAAAGGAGAAUCCAAUGGUCGACUGUUCGAGGCUCUGUAUCCACGUGUCGAUGGUCCCGCCGACACACGUCAUUUUGUGGAAGAGGUGCAAGAGCCGACUGAGUUUGUGAUCGCCGCGACUCCACAGUUGGAAGAGCUGUUCGUCGAGUUUUAGGCAAGAAACUGUGGAAUUGGGAUCACGCAUGCAUAUAUCUCCACUUCUAUCUCUACUCUUCUUUUUCAGCACCUAUAUUCACAAUUUGGUUUGAUUUUCUUUUCUUUUCUUUGAAUUUUAAUGAUUGAUAUCGUACUGUACUUUUAUAUAGUGAAAUUGUUAGUGAAUACUAAACAUUAUAGCAUGUAAUUGUAGUUUGAAAAUAAUUGGAUUAAGGCACGAUACUUUUUUAGAUGUUAGAUUUUCUUGAAUAUGUUUUCUAUACUAUAUUUACCGUUUAUAUUCUAACAUUUGUCAAACUAUCAGAAAUAUGCAUGGAGUGUUGCUCUAGAACGUUCCUCUUCUCUAAUAUCUUAUAUGAACAAAUUUCAGAUCGAAGCACCGUUCCUUCCAAAAUGCCGUGGCCCUGGCGACGCAUCUAACUUUGACGACUACGAGGAAGAGCCGCUUCGUAUCUCGGGCACCGAGAAAUGCGCCAAAGAGUUUGCCGAGUUUUAAUUCAUUAUCUUUGUCGAUUCCUUCCAUAAGCUUUUUGUUUCAAAUUUCACUCUCUCUCUCUCUCUUUUCCAUAUUCCUCAAAAUUGUACUAGUCCAAAACAAAACCCUGUCCCUAUUGUCCGGUGGUUUGUCUUCCCUCACCCACAAAACCUUCUCAUUCUCAGCCAAAAAUUUGAAAUUUCAAUAUUGUUGCGGACAAUUUGAAAAAUGAUGAAGAUGCUUUACUAUUUCUUCCCUUCCUUUCUGAAACCCCUUAUUUUUUUAAUGUUCAUACAUUUUCUUGCCCCGAUCCCGUCCCCCUAAUAAUAAUUUGUAAAAAUAAUAGAUUGGAAUUUGCUCUAAUAUAUAUAAUUAUUAUAUAUCAAAAAUUUUCUAGUCAACCCCUGACUUUCCCUCCUCCAAUUCAGCCUCCCGCAAACUUUUUCUAGAAAAGUUGACUUCUGUCUCAACAAAGAAAUGGAAUCCCACAAAACCAUUAAUUGUAUGUUUUUUUCUCAUUUUCCUUUUCCUCUCUCAUGUAUACAUAUAUAUGUAUUUUAAACACUUUUCACCCCCCCCC